AGGAGCCACUAUGGCCUCUAUACGGCCUGGAAAAUUUUUCAAACAGUCUAAUUUUGUUACAUUUUUUUAUCUGCUGUUGCUUGGAGCGGGGUACUUGACAUAUGUCCUCAUUGGUGGGGUCAUUUUCUGGAAGCUUGAAGGGGACCAGGUGAUGAGUGAUAUUGCUCAGCUGGAGGUGAAGAAACAAAGGUACCUCCAGGUUUAUCCAUGUCUUGGACAACAUGGUCUGGAGGAGCUGGGAGAUUUUAUGCUGGAUAUAUCUAAAAUUGGGAUGAGUCUGAAAACUAACAACACAGCUGGCGGCUUCUGGAAGUUCACCAGCUCAGCAGUGUUUGCUGCUACAGUGGUGACAACUAUUGGCUACGGGAACAUCACACCUAAUACGAUGCCUGGACAGAUGUUUUGUGUGUUUUUUGCCAUUAUUGGAAUCCCACUUAACAUGGUGGUCCUCAACCAAGUUGGCAAGUACAUGCUGGCAAUCGAAAGAAAUUUCUGCACCUCAAUUGCUAAAAAGACCAACCACCAGAAAUUAGUUCUGGUGUCACUCCAUUUAGCAGCAUUCUUCGGCUCGGCAUUCCUCUACAUGGUGGUUCCUAUGUUUUUUUUUAAAACAUAUGAAAACUGGACCUACACACAGGGCAUGUACUAUUGCUUUAUCACACUCAGUACAAUAGGCUUUGGAGAUUAUGUUGCAGAUUAUAACCCUGACAGUGAUUACCCUGACUGGUACGGAUGCAUAUUGGGAGUUUGGAUAUUUUUUGGCAUGGCCUGGCUGGCUUUACUGAUCAAUCACACUAUUGACCUUCUGGGGCACUUAGAUGCUUACCUUAAAUCGGCGAAAAAAAAUGACAAGAUAAAUAAUUCACAAGACCAGGAGCUACCAGAAAAGCAGCAUAAAGAUCCUGAGAAAGAGAAAACAAAUCUAGAGGAAGCUGAUGACUGUGAAUGAUCUGUUAAUGCAGGACACUUUGGUUAAUGCCAACAAUCACUCACUCACUCACAUGCACAUAUAUAAAAAUACAGCUCAGAUGUAUUGUAUAACAGGAUGUAAAACUCUCACAGAUUCUACAGACUGCACACUUGUUAGAUAAGAUCAUAUAAAAUACUAGUUACAAUAAAUUAUGUUGGUCUGUCCAGGUGCACUUUGUCCACGUAGAUGCCUCAUCUCUGACAUUUUGAAUCUUCAGGGAUAUUGUAUAGUUUAGUCUAAGCCACUUCUUUGUCUCCCUCUUAUUAUUUCCCACUGCAUUAACUGUGUUCUUACCACUUACCAACAAAUCAUGUCGCCUUUCACCUUCUCUGGCAUUGACCAACAUAUUUCCCUAAAUGAAAUAACUUGUGGUCUGAUAUGACAUUAGAAUCAUUGCUGCCUUCCAUUUACAACUGGAAUGCGUACAACUCAUUGUGGACUAUAGUAUCUUUGUAAAAACUAUGUGUGGAAGCUCCUUAAAAUUCAGUGGAUCUUCAGCACCAGUAGCAGGACUGACUGGUGAUCUAUCACCACAUAGCAACAACAUCCACUAGAGAGCGCAGUGAUUCCAGCUAUUCGUACAUCCCAUUUAAGUCCUAAGUCCUAAAAAUGAAAGCAUUUUAAAGUUGAACAGAAAAGCUUAUUUUUCUUUGUGGCAGUAAGUGUGCUAUAUAAAAAGUAAAUUUUGCUCAUCCUGUAUUUUAUUAUGAUGAUAAUAAAUUAUUUAUUAUUUCAUCACAUGCUAUUAUUUUAUUAUUAUAUAAUACAUUUCAUUCAAUUGAAUUAUAUACACAGAAACAUGGGAAACAGCAGUAGUUUUAUAGAGACGACUCUAAAAGUCUCUGAAAAGUGUCCAGUCUCAUAAAUACCAUAUAAUAUAUCGUGUUCAACCAAACUAAAACCGACUAAAAAAAACCCGGCUGCACGGCACUACUUCACAUAUAGCUUCUGGCAUGUUUGGAUUUUUUUUUAUCUUUAGAUUUUUAUUUCAUAAAAGCCACACGUUCUGACAAGUCGGUGUAAUUAUGCACUUUGUCAUGGUGUAGGAAUGUUACUU